AUGAAGCUCUUGGGCUUGAUUUUAGGUCUAGUUUUGGGCCAAGAUUGCCCGUUUUAUGCAGAAGGAACCAGUGGAAGUUACAAGGUUUAUAGGCGGAAUGCAGGGAAAAGCGGACCUACACUCCUGUUCGAUGAGGCGGUGGGUGCCAUCCUCUCGACCGGUUCUGGCAAUUUAGAAAUAAAAGACCUUCGAGGGCAAUUUUGGGAAAGCGACUUCACUCGCCAGAAAGAGUCACAUGUGAUCACGAGCACCGAGUACAAACGGAACUCUCUUCAAAUUAACUUUGGCGAAAAUAUUCAUUUAUCGCUAAAUUGCCUCGACACGAGCGCACAACUGGUUCAAUUAGCGGUCGAGAAUGGAAUGGAUAGAUUUUGGCUUCGCUUUGCGGCAGGCAGCGCGGAAGAAGGUGUUUACGGCGGUGGGGAACAAUUUUCCUACUUUAACCUGCGCGGCAAGAGCUUCCAAAUGUUGACCCGCGAGCAAGGCGUCGGCCGUAACGCGUCCGAAUUAGUGAGCUUCGUGAGCGAACGAUGUUGCCGAACAGGUGGCGAGUAUCACCAUACGUACUGGCCGCAGCCAACGUGCGUAAUUUCAGGAAGCCGCCUCAGCUCACCUCCUCCUCCCUCCGGUUUACGGUGUUGUGUCAAUCGCACAAUCAUUCCGGAGCCGGUUCAAAGUCAUUUCUUCCAGAAAAAUUACGCGAUCGCGCUUUUUAUCUGA